ACGAAAAAAAAAAAAACCAAAAUCUGUUUCAGACUCUCUCCUCCGCUUCUCUCCGCCUCUCUCCGCCUCUCUCCGAUCUGAAUUCGUGGUAAUCGCCGUGCGGACUCGCCGACGCUUGGAUCUGAUUUUGCGUGGGUUCACCUGAGGAGUGUCCUGCACCGCCGCGAGGUGAUGCCCUGACCUGCUAUACGUCGCGCCGCCGUCAGGAGUUCGAUCAUCGUGUCUGUCGUCGCCAGGAGUGUGCUACUACUUUUACCUUUGCGGUGUCGGAGGAGGGGGGUUGCCGGAGAGUUCGUGAGUUAGCUGGGGCGUUUGAAUUUUGAACAGAGGGAGAGAGAGAGACUAGGGUUUUCUCUAUUUUUCAGAUUUGGGUUUAAGCUUUAGCUAUGGCGACAGCUACGUAUCCUCCACCACCUCCAUUUUACAGGCUCUACAAAGAUUACUUGCAGAAUCCAAAAUCGGCGCCGGAGCCUCCCCCGCCCAUCGAGGGGACCUACGCGUGCUUUGGCAGCAAUUACACUACUGAUGACGUGCUUCCAAGCUUGGAAGAGCAAGGAGUACGCCAGCUUUACCCUAGAGGACCAAAUGUUGAUUUUAAGAAGGAAUUGAGAUCUCUCAAUAGGGAACUGCAGCUUCACAUCCUGGAGCUUGCUGAUAUUCUUGUUGAGAGGCCAUCGCAAUAUGCAAGGAGGGUGGAAGAAAUCUCCCUAAUAUUCAAGAACUUACAUCACCUGCUCAAUUCAUUGCGUCCGCAUCAGGCAAGAGCAACACUGAUUCACAUACUAGAACUUCAGAUAGAUCGUCGCAGACAAGCUGUUGAGGAUAUAAAAAGGAGAAGAGAAGAAGCACAGAGACUAUUCAUGGAGUCCCUCGAAACUUUGGAUGGACACUAGUGCUUGCUUUUCAUCAGUGUCUAAUUCAGAAAGAGUAAAUCUUUUUCCUUGCCAAAUGUUUCGCGCUGAAGAUGUAGGUAAACCAUGGUGCAGCUAUCGAAUGCAUUGGUCGAUUGUUAUGCUUACAUUGUGGCCUCCAACGUCGACACGUAUAGGCUACCAUCUUCACAACCCAUAAAUCUUAGGUACUAUGUCUCUGUCAAUUUAUGCAAGAUCCAGUAGGGACCCUGUGAUUACCUGAGCAAAUUGUUAAUAUGUAGAUUUUAAUUGAUUGAUUGUACUACUUUAUAAACUUUAGUUCACAGGUUGGGCAUAGUGACCGACGAGACUUGGAGAAAUUGCUAUGUCGUAGAAUGAACUUUUUUUCUUUGAGGUACUGUUGAUGUGGAGAAUAUACUCUUAAUUAUUGGUGCUUGGUUUAACUAA